GAACGGUCAGCUGCCUUAUUGAAUUUGACCCGGGAUUUGGUAGAAACAUAUCGAAGAUGCAGUCCCGAAUUUCGAUAUCAGCCAAAAUUGGCACCGAAACGCGUUUUAACACAGCUGAGCCAGGGCGUUCACAACAACGGGUAAAGUCUUCUGUCUCCACAAAAGUUUAGGAGCAAGUAGCACUGGAUUCUCAAAAAAUUAUCAUGAUCUCGAUGCCCAUCUCUAGUAGUACCUUUUCUUUGAUAGGCAUACAUAGUAAGUAACUACCUUUUCCUUUCAUUUUGGUGCGCGGAGCUUUGUCGAUACGCUUUUUUUUGUCGAUCUCCAUUCAAAUGCAAUUCUUUGAAACUCAAAAUUCAGGUACGAUAACUCCAAGCAUGAUUACAUCUGUCGAGUGCGAGACAAUCUGUAUAAUCCGGAUGGUUUAUGCUACUCUAUCAUGGAGCGACUGGGUCAUGGCACAUUCGGGCAGGUUCUCAAGUGCGAAGUCACGGGAAAUUGUAGUGUUGAAACUACUGCUGCGGGAAACUUAUGACGAAGAAGACGAGUAGUUGUUUUCUGUGCGCGAGGAAGUCGGCCCUUCAUAUAGAGUAAGCCUAGUACAAAAUAAAUGCUGCAGUCAGAAACUAGUAGAACUUGGUUGCAUAUGCAUGCAGUUGCAGCUACAAUUAUACAGAAUAUCAAGAAAUACAUGAUUGCGUCUGUUGCUGCUGCAAUUAUUUCAACAUCUUCAAGAAUUUGUUUACUAGCUUGGAGCGUCCGAUAACAUCCCUCCCACUAGGAUGCCCCACCUCCCCAAAAUAAGAAACUAAGCACGGCAAAGAUGUAAGCGAUAUGCGUUCUCAAAUUUCGAAAAUUUUCCACGUUUUGCCAUCGUUUGAGGAUUGGGCCUCGUGCGUUUGAAGUCAAGGGCUAAGAUCCCGAAGCUUUUUGACUUUAAGCCGUUCCGCUGAAAUUCAACUUCUUGGAUUUGCGUUCUUCAAAUUUCGAAAAUUCUCCGCGUUUUAUGGUCGUUCUGGGAUUGAAUUUUGUGCGUUUGAAGCGCUAAAGUCCCAAAGUUUUUGAAUUUCAGCCCUUUCCCUGCGAUUCAGUUUCUUGGAUUUGCAUUUUUCAAAUUUCGAAAAUUUUCCACAUUUUGGCGCCGUUUUGGGGUUGAAUUCUGUGCGUUUGAAGUGCUAAAGUCCCAAAAUUUUUGAUUUUAGGGCCUUUCCCUGAGAUUCAACCUCUUGGCUUCGCGUUUUUCCAAUUUCGAUAAUUUUCCACGUUUUUCGUCGUUUUGGGAGUGAAUCCCGUGCGUCUGAAGUGCUAAGAUCCCAAAAUUUUUGAUUUUAAGCCCUUUGCCUCGAAUUUAAUUCCUUGGAUUCGCGUUUUUUCAAAUUUCGAAAAUUUUCCACACUUUUCGCCAUUUUGAGAGUGAAUCCCGUGAGUCUGAAGUGCUAAGAUCCCAAAAUUUUUGAUUUUAAGCCCUUUGCCUGGAAUUUAAUUCCUUGGAUUCGUGUUUUUUCAAAUUUCGAAAAUUUUCGCCAUUUUGAGAGUGAACCUCGAGAGUUUAAAGUGCUAAGAUCCCAAAAUUUUUGAUUUUAAGCCCUUUGCCUGGAAUUUAAUUCCUUGGAUUUGUUUUUUUUCAAAUUUCGAAAAUUUUCGACAUUUUUCCCCAUUUUGAGGGUGAAUCUCGAGAAUUUGAAAUGCUAAGAUCCGAAAAUUUUUGAUUUUAAGCCCUUUACUUGGAAUUUAAUUCCUUGGGUUCGUGUUUUUUCAAAUUUCGAAAAUUUUCCACAUUUUUCGCCAUUUUCCACAUUUUUCGCCAUUUUGAGAGUGAAUCUCGAGGGUUUGAACUGCUAAGAUCCCAAAAUUUUUGAUUUUAAGCCCUUUCCCCCGAAAUUCAAUUCCAUGGCUUCAUGGUUUCGUGGUUUCCUGGUUUCCUGGUUUCGUGGUUUCAUGGUUUCAUGGUUUCCUGGUUUCAUGGUUUCGUGGUUUCAUGGUUUCAUUGUUUCAUGGUUUCAUGGUUGGGUUCAUGGGUUCAUGGGUUCAUGGGUUUGGGGUUUGUUUGUUUUUGUGUCGGAGGUUUUGGGUUCGGGUGUUGGAGGUUUUGGGUUUGGGUGUUGGAGGUUGAGGUUUCCGACGGGAUGUGUUUGCAAAGUUUUAUUGCUCUUAAUAUUAGUCACCUUCAUAUUCUUGGCUCGGAUCCUCGUUCCCAGCUGGUGCGACGCCCACGAGAUACGCGGCAUUAAAGAUCAUCAAGAACAAACCGGCUUAUUUCCAUCAAGCGCUAGUGGAGGUGCGGAUUCUCAAGCUUUUGAAUGUUACGGGGUCUACUUUUUUAUUUCCUUUUUGUCCUUGUAUGUUUUCACUCUGCACUAUGAUCCGAGGUGCCAAUUUGAAGAAUUUCGAAGCUUUACCCCUGUACUGAGCUCCUAUCCAAUCGAAGAACUACUUACGUCGAUAUAAUAUUAUAACACAGUAUCGCUUAAUACGACACUUCUAAGACGCAAGUGGCGGAUAAGGACGAAGACUCUCGCAUCGUCAAAAUGCUGGAUUUUUUUGUCUUCCGAAAACACCUAUGCAUCGCUUUUGAGAUUCUUAGUAUCAACCUCUACGACGUGCUCAAGCAAAAUGGGUACUUCUUGCAGAAUUAUUAGACCAUCGUGAUGUUGCAGUUGUAGUUGUACUUGUAUGUGAUUUUCAUGCGUACUGCGAGGCAGGCCACGCGUUGAAAUUGAAGACUGGUGAUAGAUGUUGCCUUGGGCUACGGUACAAUGUUGAGCAUGAAUCUGGAAGCACUUUUAACAGGUUCCGCGGGUUGUCGACUCCGCUUAUCCGAAGCAUCAUGGAGCAGAUCAUCAAAGCCUUACAAUGCCUGCGAAAAGCGCGUGUCAUUCACUGCGAUUUGAAGCCAGAGAACGUGCUACUUUCCCCGACGCGGAUGCCGAGUGUCAAGCUCAUCGAUUUUGGUUCGGCGUGCUUCGAAGGUUCUAUUUUUAGAAGAGCACAAGAUCAAGAAGCAAGAACUACCCAAGAUUGAUAGAACACACAAAAGUGAACUUACUCGUUGACGUCUCCAUCUUGAUUUUCUAGAAACAAACUCGACUGACGAUUAUAUAUGUGUGUGCGUUUGGUCGUCGUGUCAUCGGCAUUAGUCAGUGGUGCUCCUCCCUUAUUUUCACAACCAGGUCACAUCGUAUAUACGUAUAUUCAGUCGAGAUUCUACCGAAGUCCAGAGGUCUUACUGGGUCUUCCGUACACCUCUGCCAUUGACAUGUGGAGUCUUGGUUGCAUCUGCGCGGAGCUGUUCAUUGGCCUACCAGUAAGCCUUGUAAACGUUUUCUGUGUUUUUGUAGACGUAGUACUUAGUUGUUUUUGCAUAGACGAUAAAAAAGAUGAAAAUUUCAAACAUUCCCUUGCAUGCGUAUCUACUAUAGAAGGGUAUUCAUUGAAAUUCCCUGCAUCAUUGCACUAAGAAAACAAAUUUUCUCCAAGCGAAUACAACAAUAUUCAGAUCUUUCCUGGGUCAAGCGAAUAUGAUCAGAUGAAGCGCAUCACGGAGAUUGUCGGCCUUCCCCCAAAGGAGAUGAUGGAAGGCGCAUACACUCACAAAUAUUUCGUGCAAACGCCUCCGGAUGAUGAUGACGAGGACCAAGAACUGGAUGCUCCU